UCCUUGAUUCCUCACUCAACUCAGCCACAAGUAUAGCUAAUCAAGCUAGCUAAGCUAAGCUAAGUUAGUAUAGUGUGAUACCUCUUGUGAAGGUAGAGAGAUCAAUGGCGGCGACAUUGCGUUGGGGCGGCGGCGGGCUCGCGGUGGCGGCGUUUGCGGCGGUGGUCGCGUUGUCCGGCCUCCUCGGCGUCGCGGCGAACUACGGCGGCGGCGGCGGGUUCUUGUUCCCGCAGUUCUAUCAGCACACGUGCCCGCAGAUGGAGGCGGUGGUGGGCGGCAUCGUGGCGAGGGCGCACGCCGAGGACCCGCGCAUGGCGGCGUCGCUGCUGCGGAUGCACUUCCACGACUGCUUCGUGCAGGGGUGCGACGCGUCGGUGCUGCUCGACGCCGACGGCAGCGGGCGGUUCGCCACGGAGAAGCGGUCCAACCCCAACCGCGACUCGCUGCGCGGGUACGAGGUGAUCGACGAGAUCAAGGCCGCCCUGGAGCACGCGUGCCCGCGCACCGUCUCCUGCGCCGACAUCGUCGCCGUCGCCGCCAGGGACUCCACCGCGCUCACCGGCGGGCCGUGGUGGGAGGUGCCCCUCGGCAGGCGGGACUCGCUGACGGCCAGCCUGAGCGGCUCCAACAACCUCAUCCCGGCGCCCAACGACACGCUCCCCACCAUCGUCGGCAAGUUCCGCAACCAGGGCCUCGACGUCGUCGACCUCGUCGCGCUCUCCGGCGGCCACACCAUCGGCAACUCCCGGUGCGUCAGCUUCCGCCAGAGGCUGUACGGCCAGCUGAACAGCGACGGGAAGCCGGACUUCACCCUGAACCCGGCGUACGCGGCGGAGCUCCGGGAGCGGUGCCCGAGCUCCGGCGGCGACCAGAACCUGUUCGCGCUGGACCCGGCCAGCCAGUUCCGGUUCGACAAUCAGUACUACCGCAACAUCCUCGCCAUGAACGGCCUCCUCAGCUCCGACGAGGUGCUCCUCACCAAGAGCCGGGAGACGAUGGAGCUCGUCCACCGCUACGCCGCCAGCAACGAGCUCUUCUUCGCGCAGUUCGCCAAGUCCAUGGUCAAGAUGGGCAGCAUCUCCCCGCUCACCGGCCACAACGGCGAGAUCAGGAUGAACUGCAGGAGGGUCAACCACUUCUAGAACCCUUCCACGUACGUACGGCGCCCACGGCCGAUCGAUGUGAUGUGAUGUGAUCCUAUUUGCUUCUUUGUGUUUUGCAUGUUGAUUUUAUGAUUUGUGUUUUGUAUUUUGCUUUGCUUUGCUGCUCGCUUAAUUGUUCAUAUUAGUUUUUUCAUGUGUGUAAUUCCUCCUGCAAAUGUAUCAAGGAAUGGUCUAAUAAAAGUCCAUAUACCAAUUUGUUUCUGUCA